GGGGUUCUUAUACCAGCGAAUUUAGCUCUGAAUUUCUUUGUAUUAGGUGAAUUGUUAAAAUCUCAAUUCUAUAUUUUUCUACAUUAAGCAGUGCGAAUUUCACACUAGAUCGUCAAUUCUGUUUCUCAAUGGUCUUUGUGGUGCAUGCAUAGAAAAAAGUUAGUUAUCUGUUCUGAUUUCCUCUGUUUUUGAUCCAGACAAAUCUUUGGUAUUGAUUGGUUGUUCAGUAGAGAUGGUAAUAAAAACAGUUGAAUUGCUGAAAGGCUUUGCAUCUCAUGAAGAGAUUAUGGAGAUUCUUGCCACAGUGGCUGCAGAUUUGGGGGAUGUCAUCGAUGUGAGUUUCUUGCAGGUCAAACCUUUGAAGGGAGCAAUGACUAAUGAGGUUUUCGAGAUAAACUUGCCAGCCAAAAGUGAUGGCCAUCUCAGAAGGGUUCUAGUCCGAUUAUACGGCGAAGGUGUUGAGGUUUUCUUCAACAGGGAGGAUGAAAUCCAAACUUUUGAGAGCAUUUCAAAGCACGGUCAGGGUCCACGCCUUCUUGGCUGGUUCGCCACUGAUCGAGUUGAGGAGUUCAUUCAUGCCAGAUUCCAUGUGAUCAGAACUUGAACUGAAACCUGUUGGAAAAAGGUGAGAAGCUUGGAGCAGCUGAACGGAAAUCUCCUUCUUGAACUUGUAAGAACUUUGGUUUAUUUGUUUUGAUUAAAAAAGAUAUAUAGAGGAUGGAAAGAAAUGAAUUAAUGAUUUAAUAAGUUUUGAUUAAUAAUUUUUCUGAAAAGAUUCUGUUUACAAUGAACUAGAUUCUAAUCCAACAGGAAGUGGAUGUGAUUCAGAAGAAGCUGCUGUUGAGGAAUCUAAUGGGAAUAAGGAUGCUAUGGACCUUGAGAUUCGUUCAAGAGGGAAUGUGGUGGGGAAACUA